GAUCUGGCCCCGGCCCGUCCCCUUUCUGCGCCCCGGGAUGAGGCAGAGGCUGAACAGCCGGCGAGCAAAUCGGCGGCACCCAGAAAGCCAUGUCCGACUCCGCGCCUAGCGCCCAAGCGCUAACCCGCUGAAAGUUUCUCAGCGAAAUCGUCGGGACGAUCUGGAACCCGCUGAGAGGAACUGCUUUUGAGUGAGAUGGUCCCAGAGGCCUGGAGGAGCGGACUGGUAAGCACCGGGAGAGUGGUAGGAGUUUUGCUUUUGCUCGGUGCCUUGAACAAGGCUUCCACCAUCAUUCACUAUGAGAUCCUGGAGGAAAGAGAAAAGGGUUUCACUGUGGGUAACGUGGUCGCAGACCUUGGUUUGGAUCUGGGCAGUCUGUCAGCCCGCAGGCUCCGGGUGGUGUCCGGAGCAAGCCGUAGGUUCUUUGAGGUGAACUGGGAGACGGGAGAGAUGUUCGUGAACGACCGUCUGGAUCGAGAGGAGCUAUGUGGGACACUGCCCUCCUGCACUGUAACUCUGGAGUUGGUGGUGGAGAGCCCUCUGGAGCUGUUCAGCGCGGAAGUGGUGAUCCAGGACAUCAACGACAACAAUCCCGCUUUCCCUACCGGGGAAAUGAAAUUGGAGAUUAGCGAGGCUAUGGCGCCAGGGACGCGCUUUCCGCUCGAGAGCGCGCACGAUCCCGAUGUAGGAAGCAACUCUUUACAAACCUAUGAACUGAGCCAUAACGAAUACUUUGCGCUUCGCGUGCAGACGCGGGAGGACGGAACCAAGUAUGCUGAACUGGUGCUGGAGCACUCCCUGGACCGAGAACGAGAGCCAAGCCUCCAGUUGGUGCUGACGGCGUUGGAUGGAGGAACCCCAGCUCGCUCCACUAGCCUUCCUAUUCGCAUCACCGUGCUGGAUGCGAAUGACAAUGCGCCUGCCUUCAAUCAGUCCUUGUACAGGGCGCGCGUCCCGGAGGAUGCACCCCCUGGCACUCGCGUUGCUCAAGUUCUUGCAACGGAUCUGGAUGAAGGCCUCAAUGGUGAAAUCGUUUACUCCUUCGGCAGCCACAACCGGGCUGGCGUGCGGGAACUAUUUGCUUUAGACCUUGUAACUGGGGUACUAACAAUUAAGGGUCGACUGGACUUCGAAGACACAAAACUCCACGAGAUUUACAUCCAGGCCAAAGACAAGGGCGCCAAUCCGGAAGGAGCACAUUGCAAAGUAUUGGUAGAGGUGGUGGACGUGAAUGACAAUGCUCCAGAGAUCACAGUCACCUCCGUGUACAGCCCAGUCCCUGAGGAUGCCCCCCUGGGGACUGUCAUAGCUUUGCUCAGUGUAACUGAUCUGGACGCUGGUGAGAACGGGCUGGUGACUUGCGAGGUUCCACCAGGUCUUCCCUUCAGUCUUACUUCUUCCCUCAAGAAUUAUUUCACUUUAAAAACCAGUGCAGUCCUGGAUCGGGAGACAGCGCCAGAAUACAACCUCAGCAUCACCGCUCGGGAUGCGGGAUCACCUUCUCUCUCAGCCCUGUCGACAGUGCGGGUUCAAGUGUCCGACGUCAACGACAACCCUCCACAAUCUUCCCAGUCUUCCUACGACGUUUAUGUUGAAGAAAAUAAUCUUCCUGGGGUUCCAAUACUAAACCUAAGCGUCUGGGACCCCGACGCCCCACAGAAUGCUCGCCUUUCCUUCUUUCUCUUUGAGCAAGGCGCUGAAACCGGGCUAGUGGGUCAUUAUUUCACGAUAAAUCGUGACAGUGGCGUCUUGUCAUCUUUAGUGCCCCUGGAUUACGAAGAUAGGCGGGAGUUUGAAUUAACAGCUCAUAUCAGUGACGGGGGCACCCCGGUCCUGACCACCAACAUCAGUGUGAACAUCUUUGUUACUGAUCGCAAUGACAACGCCCCCCAGGUCCUCUACCCCCGGCCUGGCCAGAAUUCGGUGGAGAUGUUGUCUCGAGGUACCGCUGCAGGCCACGUGGUCUCGCGGGUGGUAGGCUGGGAUGCGGAUGCAGGGCACAAUGCCUGGCUCUCCUACAGCCUCUUGGGAGCCCCCAACCAGAGCCUUUUUGCUGUGGGACUUCACACAGGUCAAGUCAGUACUGCUCGCCCAGUCCAGGACACGGAUUCGCCCAGGCAGACCCUCACGGUCUUGAUCACAGACAAUGGAGAGCCAUCGCUGUCCACUACCGCUACCCUGACUGUGUCCGUAACCGAGGAAUCUCCAGAAGCCAGGGCCGAGUUCCCCUCCGGCUCUGCUCCGCGGGAGCAGAAUAAAAACCUCACCUUUUACCUACUUCUUUCUCUAAUCUUGGUCUCUGUGGGAUUCGUAGUCACAGUGUUGGGAGUUAUCAUAUUCAAAGUUUACAAGUGGAAGCAGUCUCGGGACCUAUACCGAGCCCCAGUGAGCUCCCUGUACCGAACACCAGGGACCUCUUUGCACGCGGACGCCGUGCGGGGAGGUCUUAUGCCACCGCACCUUUACCAUCAGGUGUACCUCACCACUGACUCGCGCCGCAGCGACCCGCUGCUGAAGAAACCUGGUGCUGCCAGCCCGCUGGCCAGCCGCCAAAACACUCUACGAAGUUGCGAUCCCGUGUUCUAUAGGCAGGUGUUGGGGGCAGAGAGCGCCCCUCCUGGACAGGUGAGAAGCUGGGUAGAACUCGGGUGGGGGGCUACCCUUUUGUUCCUCUUUUGCCACCUGGGUUACGUUUGUGGGCAGAUCCGCUACCCGGUCCCAGAGGAGUCACAGGAAGGGACUUUUGUAGGGAAUGUCGCCCAAGAUUUCCUGCUGGAUACAGAGAGUCUGUCAGCUCGCAGGCUGCAGGUCGCUGGAGAGGUGAACCAAAGACACUUCCGUGUGGAUUUGGACAGCGGAGCCCUGCUAAUCAAGAAUCCAAUAGAUCGAGAGGCACUGUGUGGGCUCAGUGCCAGCUGUAUCGUGCCCCUGGAGUUUGUAACCGAAGGGCCUUUGGAAAUGUACCGAGCAGAGGUAGAGAUCGUAGAUGUGAAUGAUCACGCCCCCCGAUUUCCGCGGCAGCAGCUGGACUUGGAAAUCGGGGAGGCAGCUCCUCCAGGACAACGUUUCCCUUUGGAAAAGGCUCAGGAUGCAGAUGUGGGGAGCAAUUCCAUUAGCAGCUAUAGACUGAGCUCCAAUGAACACUUUGCACUUGAUGUCAAGAAACGCAGCGACGGCAGCCUCGUCCCGGAGCUGCUCCUGGAGAAGCCUUUGGAUCGGGAGAAGCAAUCGGACUACCGCCUGGUGCUGACUGCUGUAGACGGAGGGAACCCCCCAAGAUCUGGCACCGCGGAGCUCCGGGUCUCUGUGCUGGACGUAAAUGACAACGCCCCAGCCUUCCAGCAAUCCAGCUACAGAAUUAGUGUCUUGGAGAGCGCGCCAGCCGGCAUGGUGCUCAUCCAGCUCAAUGCCUCUGACCCGGACCUGGGUCCUAGUGGUAACGUCACAUUUUCUUUCAGUGGCCACACCCCUGAUCGUGUGAGAAACCUCUUUGACCUGCAUCCCACAACUGGAAAGCUUACCCUUCAGGGGCCCCUAGACUUCGAGAGUGAGAAUUACUAUGAAUUUGAUGUGCGGGCUCGUGAUGGGGGUUCUCCAGCCAUGGAACAACAUUGCAGCCUUCGAGUGGAUCUCCUGGAUGUAAAUGACAAUGCCCCCCACAUCACAGUGACUUCAGAGCUGGGAACUCUCCCAGAAAGUGCAGAACCUGGCACUGUAGUGGCACUCAUCAGUGUGCAGGACCCCGACUCAGGUUCAAAUGGAGAUGUGAGCCUUCGAAUCCCUGACCACUUGCCAUUUGCCCUCAAGUCUGCCUUCAGGAACCAGUUCUCCCUUGUGACUGCUGGGCCCUUGGACCGAGAGGCUAAAUCCAGUUAUGACAUCAUGGUCACUGCUUCUGAUGCUGGGAACCCUCCUCUGAGUACCCACAGGACUAUUUUCCUCAAUAUUUCUGAUGUGAAUGAUAACCCACCCUCCUUCUUCCAGAGAUCACAUGAGGUGUUUGUUCCUGAGAAUAAUCGCCCAGGGGACCUGCUUUGCUCUCUUGCAGCCUCGGACCCAGACUCUGGUUUGAAUGCACUUAUCUCUUAUUCUCUCUUAGAGCCCAGAAAUCGAGAUGUGUCAGCUUCCUCCUUCAUCUCUCUGAACCCCCAAACAGGAGCUGUUCAUGCUACUCGAUCAUUUGAUUAUGAGCAAACACAGACACUGCAGUUUGAGGUACAGGCCCGGGACAGGGGCAACCCACCUCUUAGCAGCACUGUGACAGUCCGUCUAUUUGUUCUGGACCUCAAUGACAAUGCCCCAGCUGUGCUCCGCCCUAGGGCCAGGCCUGGUUCCUUAUGUCCUCAAGCACUGCCUCCAUCAGUUGGUGCUGGCCACCUAGUCACCAAGGUGACUGCCGUGGACUUGGAUUCAGGUUACAAUGCUUGGGUUUCCUAUCAGCUCCUAGAGGCCCCAGAUCCCAGCCUGUUUGCAGUCUCUCGAUAUGCUGGGGAGGUCAGGACAGCUGUUCCCAUCCCCGCUGAUCUCCCACCACAGAAGCUUGUCAUUGUGGUGAAGGACAGUGGUAGCCCACCACUUUCUACCUCUGUUACUCUCCUCGUGUCCUUAGAGGAAGACACUCAUCCAAUUGUUCCUGAUCUUCGAGAAUCUUCAGCUCCAAGGGAAGGAGAAUCCCGUCUGACCUUAUACUUGGCUGUAUCCCUAGUGGCAAUUUGCUUUGUCUCCUUUGGUUCAUUCGUGGCACUACUCUCUAAAUGUCUACGUGGGGCUGCUUGUGGAGUGACAUGCUUUCCUGCUGGCACCUGUGCAUGUCUCACCAGAUCUCGAAGGAGGGAGGGGCUUCCUCCUUCCAAUGGGAUCCUCCGAAUCCAGCUAGGGUCAGAUGAUCCUAUCAAGUUUGUUGAUGUGGGAGGCCACUCUCAUGGCUGUACACCCUUGGCUUCUGCACCCACUCGGAGUGAUAGCUUCAUGAUGGUGAAGUCACCCAGUGCACCUAUGGCAGGAGAGCCUGUUCGCCCAAGCUGUCCACCCUCUGAUCUUCUCUAUGGGCUAGAGCAAGCCCCACCCAACACGGACUGGCGUUUCUCUCAGGCCCAGAGACCCGGCACCAGCGGCUCCCAAAAUGGUGAUGAAACUGGCACCUGGCCCAACAACCAAUUUGACACAGAGAUGCUGCAAGCCAUGAUCUUGGCCUCCGCCAGCGAAGCUGCUGAUGGGAGCUCCACCCUGGGAGGAGGUGCUGGCACCAUGGGCUUGAGUGCCCGCUAUGGACCCCAGUUCACCCUGCAGCAUGUGCCCGACUACCGCCAGAACGUCUACAUCCCUGGCAGCAAUGCCACACUCACCAAUGCACCUGGCAAGAGGGAUGGCAAGACCCCAGCAGGUGGCAAUGGAAACAAGAAGAAGUCGGGCAAGAAGGAGAAGAAGUAACGUGGAGGCCAGGCCUAGAGCCUUAUAGGACAGCCUCCUUCCCCAACCAACCCAGCUUCUCCUUACCUGUACCCAGAUCUCAGAAUUUCAGGGCUCACCCCCAGGAUACUGGUAGGGGCUAAGGCCAUGCUCCCCUUGGGAAACAGAAACAAGUGCCCAGUUAAUACCCCCUCUCUCUGCCCCCAAGGGGUUGAAUAUGCAAAGGGAGUUCUGCGGGGAACCCCCAUCCAAUCAAUUUGCUGUACCCAUGGGGGUAAUGGGGUUAGUGUAGACACCAAGAACCAUUGUCACACACCCUUUCUUACAGCUGGACUCCUCCAUCUUCCAAAUCAGUCAGGCCCAUCCAUCCCCUGCUUCCCUCCACCCCACCUCAUCCUGCUCCUUCAAAGUUCCUCUCUUGAGUAAGGUGGUUGGGGUAUUGAGGUACCACAUGAUCUAAGAAGGGUCAUAGUUCUGUAGAGUUGGGAAGGCAUCAUGACCUCUUGGUCUCUCCUUCAGUUCUCAAUCUUCCCCCAAAGCAUGGUAUUGUGAGAGUCCUUUUACCUCUCUAGAUCCUAAGACCAAUGUUCAAGUUUUGGGGGACACCAUACUGUCAGCAUCCCUGUGGUACUGAUGAUGCUUGCCAGAUUUAGGGAAGGCAUUUUGCUACCAAGCCUCUUCCUGAGGCCCUGGGGACCAGUCUUUUGUUUUGUUUUUCAUUGUUUGAUGUUCCCACUGCAUGCUGUGAUUUUUCCCCACCUCUCCUCAAACAAGAGACUCCAUUGCAUGUUCUGAGACAGUAGGGGGUGGUAAGCUAAAGAAGGGAAGUUUGUGUAUAUGGAUGGGGAGAGGAUGGACAAAGCUUGGCCCAUCAGUUUACAGGGUCAUAAAGGAGGCUCUGUAUGUCCCCAGAAUACUGGCCAGAUCUCCAAAUUCCAGCCAUAAACUAAGCACCGGGUUGGACCCUUAGGCCCCCGCAUAUAGGGUUCAGCCCGGGUGGCUUUGGGCUGAGCUAUCAGGACCAAUGAAUUUAAAUGGGCAUUUCAGUUUAAGGAAGCUCUGAUUGGGUUUAGGAGUAGGUCCCCUGGAGAGGUCAGAGGGGCCUCUGUGGGUGCUGGGUACUCCAGAGGAGCCACUGUGGAACCCUGAUAGGAAGGGAAGCCCAGCAAGGCCAUUCUUAGUUCCUGGGUUGGGAGGCAAAGAACUACAGCAGGAACCAAGUAGAUAGGCGGGGCUUUUCUACAGGGUCCCUGUACUACUCAAAACGUAGGUCCUUCAUCUUGCCAGGUGCCAUUUCUUCUCUGUGAAGGCCACUGUCCAGGCCCUCAGCCCACCCCUUAGUGGCCAGAGCCUGGUUAAAGUCCCCCAGUGCCUCCUUGAGCAAAGACCUUCCUCUGCCCACCCACUUCUGCCCCGCGGUCAGGUUCAUCCAGCCCGGCUGCCAGAGAACCCCACCCCAGCCCUUAAAAGUAGUGUAGAGCCCCCUCCCUCGGCUGGUGUAGAAUAGCCAAUAGUGUAUGUAGUGCGGUGUGCUUUUACGUGAUGGCGAGUGGGCAGCGGGCGGUGGGCUGCGCGCAGCCGUCUGUCCUUGAAUCUGCCUGCGGCGGCCCGUGCUGUGUUUUGUGCUGUGUCCACGCGCUGCGGCGACUCCCUCCCCCGUACUGACUCCUUCUAUAAGCGCUUCUCUUUCGCAUAGUCACGUAGCUCCUACCCACCCUCUUCCUGUAUCUCACGCAAGUUUUAUACUCUAAUAUUUAUAUGGCUUUUUUUCUUCGAAAAAAUAAUAAAAAGGUUUCUUCUGAAA